CAGCAUAAGACAUCUAUUUCCGGGUGACUCUUUCGUCUUGGGGUCCUGAUUACCCUCACUUUGGAAAUUGCGUGCAGACUAUACGGUCGAAAACAUGUCUGGAAGAGACGGUGGCAAGAAGAAGCCUUUAAAACAGCCCAAAAAACAAGCAAAAGAAAUGGACGAUGAGGACAUGGCUUUUAAGCAGAAACAAAAGGACGAGCAGAAACAGAUGGAUGCGAUGAAAAACAAAGCUUCUGGAAAAGGACCAUUCGCUGGCAGCGGGAUCAAGAAAUCCGGAAAGAAGUGAAAUGACCUUUGGGAAGAUGUUUUGCAUCGCCCUGCUUUCGGGUCCAUUUUUGAAAGUCAAAAAUUGAAACUGUUGUUCUUUUUAAAGACGGUGAUAGUUUUGCAACUACUGUAUUACCUCAGUCAUGGUUUUGUUUCGCCCCCCCGAAAACCCCAGUGAGAGACAGCAGUUGUGUACUUCAUUAAACCAUAACUUUUCCUCGCUAGACCUGGGGGGUGUUCCAUGAAACAGGAUUUCAAAGUUAGCUGGGUUAACUUAAGAUAGAAAUCAUGACUGUCCAAUAAGAGUUUAGGUAAAGAGCGUUCCUAUUGGGCAAUCAUGACUUCUAACUUAAGUUAACCCAACUAACUUUGAAAUCCUGCUUUGUGGAAUUCCCUCCUGUUUUCAAUAUGCAUCAUUUCUAAAGUCCUAAUUGCCAUUUUUGAAUUGUUUACCUGACUUGUUACACGAAUUUUGGCUCUCUUAGAUCUGUCCUAAAAUGUAAACAUACAAAUUAAAGUAUAUCUAAAACCCAGAA